AUGUCGCUUAGCGAUAUGAUUCAAGAUGCGGCCGCCUGGGUGACAGAGGAAAUUCGGAAGUCCUUGGAGGAUCUGAACGAUGAGACGUCAUCCGAUAUUCUGGAGGGGCGCGUGCAAAAUGCAGCGGCCAUUGCCCAGCAGAGGUUCUCCAGGGUGGCCAAGCCAAUUACAAAGAUCCUUUCCCCAGAUGAUCUGACCAGUUGGGAGGACUCAAAGUCGACGUGUGAUAACUUGGGAGAUGACUUAGUGGCCGUGACUCCCGAAGGAUCGACAACCACUCAUACACCUACAAACCAGAACCCCUUUUCAAAUAUAAAAGUUCCAGCGAAACCAGCACAAUCGUCUUUACCUUUUCGCGUGGAUGCGCAGCUGAAUAGACGUCUGUUUUUGUACGAUGGCGACAUCUGCAGUCUCGGGACAGACUGUCUCAUGUGCUUCACUACAGAUGGCUUCAGCAGCUCGGACGGACUCGCAGCCAGGCUGCUCGCCAUUGGAGGCGAGGAUUUGUACGCGGAGUUGUCCUAUCAGGACCUUUGCAAGGCCGGAGAGGCUCGCCUCUGCCGUUCAUUCAACUUGCCGUCGACGCACAUUGCAUAUACAGUGACCCCCCGUUUUACGAAUCGCUAUGUAACUGCGACGCACAACGCGUUGAAUAGCAGCAUUCGGGAGGUCUUUAUUGCGUUGAAGGAGUCACGUCUUCGCAGUGUUGCGAUUCCGUGUCUCCCCCCUAGGCUGGCGUCUAUCCAGCGCAGCGAAAGCAAGAGGCUAAACAGCGGCGCUGCAGAGGCAGACCCAACCGCUGCUGCUGCCCUCGGGGGUGAGUAUGCAGUCAUGCACACGAUGCUUCGAAGCAUCAGAAGAUGGAUGGAAAAGAUGCGCGAUGACAUUGACGCUGUUGUGCUGGUGCUUGGAACUCCCGGCGACGCUGCAGUGUAUCGACAGCACCUCCCCGCCUACUUUCCGCGAGACGUUGCAGAUGAGCUGGACGCGGCUUUUCUCAUGCCUCGUGAAGUCGGGGGCGACGACGGGGAGAUUGUGGUAGCGGACCGUCGUAUUCCCCUCAUCAGAAAGGGAGGCUCUCGCGGAAGCGGGGAGGCCGCCAAGGAAAGCUCUGAGGGGCAAGAAGCGGUGGCAUCAUCUCACCCGGCGUUUGGAGGGAUGCUGGCUCCGCGGGAGAGCUCCGAUGAAGACGGAGGGAGCGACAGCGAUAGAGAAAUCCUGGACUCGACGGACGUUAGCUUUCGGAUUGCAAAGUCGGGCACGGAGACAGAAAAGCGGCUACAUGCACUGAACAUCAAGGGCCACGGGACGAAUGUUUCAUUGGACAACUGCGAGACGCUCUAUCAGACAUAUCUACGCCAAGCAACGCUGCUGUCAGACAGCUCGGCGGGAACGCAGCUGCAGCAGCUGCGUUUCAUCUAUCCUUCGGGUUCCGAUAAUGCAGGACGGCCAAUUGUUGUCUUCCUUGCAGCUGCUUUUCCGGCGGCAAAAGUUGACUCUUACUUUUUGCUGCUGCACAUCAUUAAGACUCUCGAUCCGUUUAUUCGAGACAAGUAUACAUUGCUUUACGUUAACUCGGCGGUCCACCACUCGAAUGCACCGAGCAUGUCUUUGUGGUCGGAAUUCUUCGCGAUAAUGGAAAAGUUCGAAGACAACUUGGAUCAGCUGCUGGUUCUGCAUCCCGGCGUUCUCUUCAAGGCCGCCUUUACCUGCUGCUGGCCUUACCUCGCUUCCCAUGUUUGGAGUGGCACUGUCUACCUGAAAACUAUAAAGGACCUCUCUAUCCACGCGAGCAGCCACACGCCGGAGCUACCAAAUUAUGUGCGGGAGUAUGAGGAAAAACCCAAAACAAAAAUCCUGGGCAUGACUCUUUGA